UCCUGAACUAUUUUCUUGCUCCUGAACUCUGUUCUUGCUCCUGAACUCUGUUCUUGCUCCUGAACUCGUUUCUUUGGAUUUGCCUUUAAGAGAACUACGAUUGAUUUGAAUCAACAUGAUCCCAACACCCGUGGUCUUUCUCGGCGCUGCCUCCUACGAGUCCGUCAGCUGCGUCACAGCAAAUUUUCAAGCCUUCGUGACGGAUCUGAGUCACGAGGACUUGGACGUUGAGGAGAACCUGCAGGAAAUGGUGGAGCUCAUUUUCAAGAGGGCCGUGAAGAAACCAGACUCUGCUGCAGUCUUCGCGGAGCUGUGUCAACACCUCUCAGAAGUGGAGUUCCAGUCCUUGUCUGACUGGUCAGCCAGCGUCUCCUUCAGGUCUCUGCUGGUUAAACACUGCCAGGCAGAGUUCAUGAAGAACUUGGACAAGGAGGGCAUUCAUCAAGAGAGUGGGUCCUGCCUGAAGCCAGUCCAGGACGUGAGGGUCACCGACCGGCUGAGGGAAGAGCAACAGAACGCCAAACCUUCCGGUCGGUUCCUUAACAUGCUGAGGUUUAUUGGGCAGCUGUUCCUCUCCAAGGUGCUGGCAGAGAAAUCCAUGCACUGCUGCAUCAGGAGGCUGUUGCAGAAAGGAGACGGGCCGUCUCUUGAGGGCCUCUGUCAGCUCCUCCAGAUGAUCCAGCAGGACCUGGAGGUGGUGACGGAAAAGGAAUUGAUGGACACCUACUAUAACCAGCUGGACCAUAUGGCAGAGAAAGGGAAGAGGAAACCAAGGCUCUCCCUUUUGUUGAAGGAAACAGUGGAUGCCAGGAAGAUGGCAUACUCCACCCCCCACUAAGUUUUUAAUGAAAACUCAUGUGGGAAAUACAACUUAUACACUUAUACAACUUAUACAGUGAUAUUUGUAAAUGGACACUAACCCCCCACUGCAACCCCUGCUCCUACUCUGUAUAAUUUGCACUGGGUGACAUCAUGUCUGUACUCUGUUUGUGGUUUGUACUAUGUUGUCGACUAAUGAAUAAAAUGUUUUAAAUUUAA